AGUCACUGGGUUUCAGGAACGUCAGACGGCUGCCGCAGGAACCCGGGGGCGCUUUGUUUUCAUCACAUCGCAGGGUGACCGCGGGCAGGAAAAGGGGAAGCGGCUCUGAGUCACCCCGCGCUCUGUGCGCCUGCAAGUGAGCAAACGACACCAGAGUUUUCUCAGGAAAAGUGAGAGAGCUUUCCCCUUGCCUGCUGUGCUUUUUAAACACCUGUUUCCCCCUGAACCCGGAGGGGCCCCCCCCAGGAGCUCGGAGGAGAAGGACAGAUGUAAACACGGUGCUGCUGUGGAGCGCAGCGCUUCCCGGCCGCUGUCCGUCCCCAGGAGAGGCAGCGGGACCGCGGGCACUCGCCACAGAUCAGCCCCAGCCUCCUCCUGUCUCCUGACAGGCUGCCUCUGUCUCGGAGGAGCCGGGCCUCUGAGGGAUGGGGACGGACUGAGCUUGAGGCACCCCGGCCAAAGCGGGGAUGGAUCCCCGGCGGUGGCAGGGACUGCUCCCUGCGCUUCUCCAGCACGUCCAGCAGCAGGGAACCUGCAGCCUGCUCCACGCCACGCUGCAAUAACAGCAGGCCAGGCAAUAACGAGUGAAAAACAGACCCAGCCAGAAGCUGAGAGUCAUGAACCUUCCCCGAGCUCUGGGCAGGCAGGAAAGGCGCAGGGUGACAUCUGGCCAGGGCAGCCCCUCGAGCCCUGUCCUGGGCACUCUGCCCGGAUUCCGCCGUGCCAGGGAACCCCCUGGUCCCCUCGGAGAUGUCAGUGCUGUGCCGAGGGCACUGUCCUGCCCUGGCUCUGCCGCAUUUCCAUCUCCUGCCGUGGCCUGCAGCUCAUUUCCCUGCCUGCAGCUGCAGGCCCUGCACCGACACCAGCGGCCAAGGCAGAGUCGUUCCCGUCUUUGCCGAAAGGUGAGCUGAGGGAUGCCGGGGAUGCCGAGCAAGUCAGAGUGCGGCAGGCUGAGCUCAGGUGAGCGCCCCAGGCAGGCAGGGCUGGAAGGACAAAUCCUGGCAGAGCAGCAGCUGCUGCUGAGAGCCGUGCGCAGGAAUGGAAAAAUUAAGCAGAUUUCUCUAAGUGCCAAGCCUGAUUCUUAACCGCCGUGUGAGCGCGGGGCACACCGAGAGCCUGGGGCGCUGCGAGGAGGGGUUUGUGUAACUCGCACCUAAACCACACAUCACGUGGAGCCCCUUCCGCUCUCCCCUGCUGGCGGGGAUGGCACCGCGCUCGCCCUGAGCCCCGGCCACGGCCGGGCUGGCCAUGGCCCUGCGGCGGCUCCUGCAGCCCAGCCCGAGCCGCAGCCCCGCGGGCGAGCGGGCACUGCCCGCCGACGGCAGCGGGAUGCAGAAUUCGGGCAGCACGGUGGGCACGGACGGCAGGGGAAUGCAGAAUUCGGGCAGCACGGUGGGCACGGACGGCAGGGGAAUGCAGAAUUCGGGCAGCGCGGUGCCCAUGGACGGCAGGAGGAUACAGAACCUGGCCAGCACUGUGGGCACGCUGCCCCGCGGCCGCAGACAGCUCGCUUUGGCCAGAUCCAGCUCCUCAGGUGACUCCUCCAAGCCCCAAAGGCACCUCGUGGCCAUUCUGAAGGAAGACAAGGAGACAUUCGGGUUUGAAAUCCAGACGAUCAGGUUUCCUCACCAGAAGGAUUUCUCCCUGGAGGUGUGCACCUGUGUCUGCAGGGUGCAGGAGGAGAGCCCUGCCCAUCUGUCUGGGCUGCAGGCUGGGCACAUCCUCUCCUGCAUCAACGGCCUCAGCGUCCAGGGCUUCGGCCACAAGCAGAUUGUGGACCUGAUAAAGUCUUCAGGGAACUAUUUGAGGCUGGAGACUGUCAAUGGGGCCCUGUUCCUGAGGAAAAUGGAGCUGGAGACCAGACUGCAGGCUCUCAAGCAGGAGCUGCACCAGCGUUGGGGGGAGCUGCGGGCGCUGCUGGCCCGGGAGCGGCUGCUGCUGCACGGGGAGGUGAAUGACAACGCUCUGCUGGCCACGCUGGAGCCGGCAGAGCCCGGCUGCGGGGGCUGCAGCCCCCCGGGACCCCUCCUGCCGGCCAAGCCCCGCUUCUCCAGCGAGAGCAGCUCCCGCAGCCGCCUCAGCUCCAUGACCCUGGGCAGCGAGGACAGCUUCUACCAGGGCAGCGCCCCGGAGGACUGGGCGGACAGCCUGAGCCGCCAGUCCAGCCUGGACGAUGACUGCGUGUUCCCCCGGGACGGGGACGGAGCCGCCCGCAGCUCCCUGCGCAGGAACCGCAGCAUCAGCCUGGCCAGCAGCGGCUCCCUGUCCCCGCUCUGGGCGGGCAGCGGCUCCAGCGCCUUCUCCAGCAGCUUCGGGACCCUCCCGCGCAAGAGCCGCCGAGGCAGCGUUCGGAAACACCUCCUGAGGCUCAUCCCGGGCUUCCACCGGGCGGUGGAGGAGGAGGAAAGCCGGGUCUGAUGUCAGCGGGGUCACCCUGCUCCCAGCGGGGCACAGCACGCCCAGACUGCAGCUCUGAUGAGACACACUCGGCUCUGGGCGGUGAUUGCUGCCGGCUUUAAUCAGAGCACGCUGCGGACCUCUUCAUCAACCCGAAAAACGAGCGGCUCCAAAACGUGCAGAACCUGUGCAGAACUUCCUCAGCGAACUUCACUGUUAAUAACGGUUUUUAAUUGAAUGCCAAAUUGAUAGCUAUUUAUUUCCUGCUGCCGGAGUCAGUGUCUUCCAAAGGUCUUGAAUAAAGAGAGUGCUUCCACUAA